AUGGCAUGGCCUGCAUGCAUUCUCAAAUGUGACGCCAAACAGAAAUUCCCCAGUCCCUGUACUCGCUGUGAAAAAUUCAAUAAGAGCUGUGCCAUUGAUCCCUCCUUUCGCCGGACAGCUCGCCGACAACGUCUGCAUAUGCUGGAAAAUGAACUCCGUCAGCUUAAGGAAACCAUAGCUGAGCCUAGGGCACUACCUGGUGAAGGAAUAUCCACCCUGGAUGAGUCUUCAAACUCUCCGCAAGGUCGAGAACAAUCGAUUCAAUACGAAGAGCCACCAACCACAGAGGAGAUUAUUCCUGAUCUUCAGUCAACGGGUAUUUUCUGUGAUCCCCAGACGCUCGAGGAAGUCACGAUACCGCCGACUGUGAUAUGCGAUCUUUUUCAAGAGUAUAUGACAUGGUUCAAGGAAGGGUAUCCACGGGAAGCUAAUGCAUUGAAAACUCAGAUUCUACCGCUACUAUCAUCCCAGAUUUCCGCUGCUGUCCGACCUGAAAACGACAGUUCGAGAUUGCGUAUCAUGCCGCUUGCUUUUCUGGGCCAUCAUGGCCAUUGCCCAAUACGACGGUUGGCCGGCACUGAGAUAGCAUCAACCAUGCCGCCAUCUUUAUCGUUGAUCCACGCCCUUUUACUGUUGUGUUGCUGGCCACUUCCUUUUGAAGGAAUGAACACGGACCCGUCAUGGGUGUACUGUGGGAGUGCAACACAUAUGGCUUUGCAAAUGGGCAUCCAUCGCCCCGACCGUCUCAGGGAAUUUCGUCCUCAUCAUCAACAAACCAAGGAAGACGUUGUGAUGUGCUCCAAAACCUGGUUUUCAUGUUUUAUUAUUAAUCAAAGCCUGAGCUGCCAGCUAGGGAUUCCCUCCACAGUAAAGCUGGACCAUUCCAUACUACGGGCAGUCCAAGAAAAACGCACGGCUUGUCCACGUUCAAUUACAGAUUUGCUUCAAAUUGCUUACAAGUCGUUCUCUUUUUCUGAAUUGCUGGGUCAUUAUGGAGGCACACCAGAUGGAUUGCUUCCGGAUGCAAUCCCGAUGAUUGAGUCCAUUGAAAAUGACCUGAAUACUCUUGAAGCUGCCAACUGGGACUCGUGGUGUUUGACAGCAAAGACAUGCUUCCUUAAUCAAAAACUCUUUCUUUAUUCGUACAGCCUAACAACCCCGCAUUCUUCCUCUCAUUCUCUAUCAACAUUGCCCCCUGGCUACAAAACGACAUACUUUCUUUCACAGAUUUACACAACUGCCAUUCGUUUGAUUAACACAUGGUGUUCUUCAGUAUCAGUAUCUCCAUCGGAUUCAUCUACGUCGACUCCUAGCGAAAGUAUUGGUCGAUCAUGGACCAUCUUUGAGAGGAAUGCCUUGAUAUAUGCGGUGAUGCUACUCUUACAUCUAGCAGAACUAUCAACGAAUGCCAACGAUGACCUUCGCGAAGACUCCGUUACAAGAAAUAAUGCCAUCAGGUCAGUGUUGACGUAUGUGAAACCACAUUCAGUACGAGACAAUGAUAUAUUUGCACGAAUCUGUGAAAUUAUCGAAAUAACAUGCUCACUGGAAAACCAACCCGGUGGCAAUAUGCCUCGGGAUUCUCCAUCACCGGCCCAGUCUAAACCUUUCCCAGAAGUACGCUCCCGGAUGAGCUCCAAUUUAUCGUACACUGUCGCUCGCCGUGCAAGAAUGAGGCGUGAAAACAAGCGAAGUGGGGACAUUGCUAAGAAUCAAGAAGUAGACGGGACCCUGGAUUACAAUUCAGAUGACAAUUAUGGGUCAUUCGGCCAGAUGCUGUUGCCUCCGGCGCCUUUCCUAGAUUACUCACUCAGUUCUCUCUGGAGCUCCCUGGAUUUCGAUGCUGCUGAUCUGUUUGGUGGUGAAUUUCCAAGGCCGAAUGCCACAAUCUGA